GCUGAAGAACUAUUUCACCAUUGUUUUUAAGAUCUGACGGUGUUCCAGUCUGAAUCCUGCAUCUGAUUUAUCAUUUUAUUUUUUUCAGUACUCGUGCUCCGUCUCAUCAGUGGAUUGUACCUCCUGCGUUCCCUGUAGAGACACGAUGAACAUCAGCCUGCAGCUCCCAGUAGACUAGGACCAGACAGCGCCCAGCCUUCAGCUUUUCUUCAAACACUUUACUUUGUCUUCACCGUCUGAUGGCCACCAGUCCCAGCGCCGCCCAGCCGUCCAGUAGCAUGGAAGAGUCCCACCAGCCACAACAGCCAAUCAACACGCAGCAGGACGGAGAAGUCGGCCAAGCCGCCGUGACUUCUCAGCCGGUCAGCGCAGAGCAACAAGCUCCGCCCCAGACGACACACGCUCCUGAUGCCAAACACACAGAGGCGGGCAAAGACCUGGACCACCUGACAUUCUCUCUACUAACUUCUUCUCCUCCAGGUAACGGCGUAGGCCCUGUGAGGGUCGACUCAUCUCCCACAGUGUCCUCUGUGUCGCCCAAGCUAUAUGCUAAACCAGGCAGUCAUGCUAACGGUCGGCCUGGUUUGGGCAGCCGGUCUGGCUCUUUAGCGGCGGGCUCACCGAGGCCCUCGCUCACCCGCCAGCCCAGCGCAAUCACUGAGGCCACUGUGGACGGGUCCAAACCGAGGGACUACCUGAUCCUGGCCAUCCUGUCCUGCUUCUGCCCACUGUGGCCCAUCAACAUCGUAGCCCUCACCUUCUCCGUGAUGUCCCGAAACAGUCUGCAGCAAGGCAACAUCGACGGGGCUCGCCGUUUGGGCCGCAAUGCCAUGAUUCUGUCCGUCGUCUCCAUCUUAGGAGGGAUCGCCAUCAUCGCCGCUGCGAUCGCCCUCAACUGGGGAUUGAUAUUAAAAUCCUGAUUUAAAAUCAGCUGGAAUGGCAAAAUCGAAUUCCCGACGACAACAUCCGACCGUCACGACACCGUUUCCCUCUACGAUUUUUCCUGUUCUCAAGCGCCUGCACCGGAUGAAAAACAAAUAGAUAUUUGUUCCUGUACUUUGCUGUUGUUUUUUGCUGCACGACGAGCAUGGUCUGCCUGACCCUCUACCUCCGACACGGCCGACGAAAGCCAACCACCCCCGCUCCCGCCACCGACACUCGAUUUGGAUGUGGAACGGGAGGAAAAGGGACGGAUCACCGGACGCUCAUUUCAGUCUGUGGUAGCAGCUUAUCUCCUCCACAGACCACUUUCCUCUCAUCUGCGAACAAGUGUGUCUGUUGUCAUGGAAACGGACAUCUGUCUCUACGGAAACGGGAUUAUUCUGAUCUCUAAAUGAGUUCGGCUCCAUGACACAGGGUCCAGUACUGGUGGCAAACAAAAAAUUUGAAUCUUGGUGUUUUAGCUGAACUGAAGCUUGGGGAGACGCUGCUGCUGUGAUGGUUCAACGUGAACUGAAGACGACGAACUCGAGUUUUGUACUGUGAAGUGGUGACACACACACACACAAACACACACACACACACACACAAACACACAAACAAAGCUGGACACACCUGUUGCAUUGUGGUCAUAGAGAGCUGAUAUCACAUCUCACUUUGCUGCUGUUCCACUCCACCUCUGGGACUCAAAACAUCCUCUCCUUGAGGUUUUCUGUCAUCGAUCUUCCUGAAAAAGUGUAUCUGUGUUUGAAUAUAUUUAUUACUACAUAUUCUAAUAUACAGUAAAUGACAGAC